AUGAAUGGCCGCAAUGCGCCUCUCUCACCUGUCUCUCUAGGUGGCGGAAGUGAAUGGUCUGUUGGCAAGUACCAAUCCAUCAACGAAGAUCCGUACGCAAACAACCGUGGCAACAUCGUCUCUCCCCCGAAUUCCGGAGGCUCAAACGGCGUCAUGAACGGCGGUUUCCCUCCUGGCCCGCGAAGCGCUGGCGGGCCCUCACCGCCGCCCUCUGUCGGCCGCUCCAGCAGCGGAACAAACAUGUACGCCAGAAGUGAGAGCGGAAGGAGUAUCCGCGAAGAACAAGCCGAGGGCAUCCUUGGCGAACACUAUGUUGCCCUGAAGAACUUUUUGAAUGGCGGCCAAGGAGGCCGUCCUACGCCCCCUAACAAGGCACGCGACAAGCUGCUGCGACUGUCAUCUGUCCAGUUUCUCGAACUCAGUACCGAUGUUUUCGAUGAGCUGAUGCGGAGACAAUCUCUCGGCCGAAGGCCCUCGGGCCCUGGGUCUCAACCCCCUCCCCCUUACCUGAUGCCCGAAUCCAACUUCCACCCGAAACGUAACCAGGCGAGACAAAAGCUGUCUUCCCUCGGCCCUCCCCGAUUUCGCGAUCUCGCGACCGACGUCUACUGCGAACUAGAGAGGAGGUUUCCCCGCUUUGCUGCUGGAGAUAUGCCCAGAGUGGGUAGCCCCGUAUCGGUCCGUUCGCAAGCGACCGUGAAUGGUGGUUACCCGCCGAGAAGCCAAAGUAGGAGUCAGAGUCGGACGAGACGGCCCUCCGAUGCCAGCUCAAUGCGAGGAGGACCGCCCCGGGGCGAUCCUUAUGGUGUGCCUCCAUCGCCGGGCUUGCCUCCGGGAGGCGAGUAUAACCGGCCGAUGCAGAAGCAGUUUCAGAGCAACACGAUUGUGCCGAACAAGAGUACAAUGGUGGAAGAAGAUGACGAUGCGAGCCCGAACGAGGACGGCGACGAGACUUUUGGUCUGGAGCGCACGGCAACAAACCGCACGAGUAAGAGGAGCCAGGCCACGGAGCAAAGUGCGGUAGCAUCAGAGGCCGACAAGAAGCUUUUAGACGAAUAUCAAUCUCAGGUCCGAGAGCUUCGGGAAAAGCUCGACGCAAUGGAAGACGUCAUGAAGAAGAAGGACGAUGAAAUGAACAGCAUCCUUGACGGCGAAAGAUCACGAUCGACGGCUGUCAAUAUGGAAAAGAAGGAGUUUGCCGAUCUCCGACUCAGCCUUGAGAACAAGCUCGCUGAGGCUCAGGACGUGAACGACAACUUAAGACAAGACUUGGACCGCAUGAGAGACGAGCAUGCCAACGAAUCAAGACAGCUCAGAGAGCAGGUCGACGACCUGCGGCAAUCCAACAUGACCGCCGCUGCGAACGUCAGCUCCGGAAACGCCGACCGGGAACUGCAGCGGGAAAACGAGCAGCUGCGCAGGUCCUUGCAAGAGCAGCAACAGGUUACGGAGGAGGCUCGUCGCGAGGCUCGUGAGUUUUUGCGCGAGAUGAAGAUGCUAUCGCAACAAAGUGGAUCUUCCUGGCAAAAGCAAGAAGAGUUGGAGAAGACUAUCGACCAGCUCGAAGGCGAAGUUCGCGAGUGGCGGAACCGAUACGCUCGCACCAAGACGCAACUUCGCGACAUGCGCGCUGCUUCACUCGGGUUGAAUGUUGAGCAGGAUGCUGCCAAAUACGUGCGCGAGAAGGGAUUCCUGCAGCAGAACGGAGCAGUCAAGGACGUUCACGUUACCAAGUUCCAGAUUGCCAUUGACGAGCUUCUGCAGAGAGCUCGAUCAGACGACCCCGACAAGGUCGUUGACUCUAUGAAGCAGGUCGUUGUCAGCGUUCGCCGGAUUACUAAGGACAUCGACGAAGCAGCGCAAACCAACGAGGACCUCAUGCAGCAGCGAUCGAAGCUCAAGGGCAAGAUUUCCUCCUCUGCCAACAACCUUAUCACCUCGUCCAAGAACUUUGCUGCUUCGGGUGGCAUUUCGCCCGUAUCAUUGCUCGACGCCGCCGCUUCUCACCUAGUUGCCUCCAUCGUCGACCUCCUCCGAGCUGUCAAGAUUCGCAAUACUCCCGAUGGUGAGCUCGAGGACGACGAUGAUGGCACUAUUACGCCUGUGGACUCCACUGGAUUCUUCUCCCCGAGGACUGCCUCCAGACAAGAAUCAAUGAUCCAGGAUUCAGUUCCUGCGCCUUUGCCAUUGGGACAGGCACCCCCACCCUUCCAGGGUCUUGGUGGCAGAGCCAGCAUGGACUCCUCAGCCUACAGCCCCAUCAACUCCCCCCGUCAAUCCGCCGACACCUACAACCGAGGACCUAACGGCAUGAACGGUAUGAAUGGAAUGAAUGGUAUGGGCUACAAGAACGGCCCCACCAACGGGUACGGCAUGCGCCAAGAUAACCAGGCAGAGGAGCUCAAGGUCUACCUCGACGAUCAGACCGCUAUCCUGGUUCAGAACAUCCAGAACCUCGUCGGCUCCAUCCGAAGCGAUGCCUCUAUCAACCAAAUUACGUCCGAGAUCAACGGCAUCACCGAAGUCGUCGGAAAGGUUAUUUCUGAGACGGAGGCUUCUGGCAACGGCGCCAUGAUCGCUCGCCUGGCCGCCUGCCGCGAGAGACUUCUUGAGGCCAGCGAACGGGGCCUGGACAUCGACCGCGGUCAGGACGUUGGUGCGACCGGACGUAACGAUCGCGAGUGGCGCAUGUGGACGCAGACCCUGCCUCCCAUCGCCUUCGAGAUCGCCAGGGAGACCAAGGAGCUGGUCCAGCGCGUUGACCAACUGGUUAUGAACGGAGGCGACGACUUCUCUUAA